AUGUCCGCGGGCAAGAGAGGCAUCGACCUCUUGAUAUGGCUGUGUGUGUUUACAGUGGUCUGCGUAAUCAUCAUAUCGCUGCGUUUCUGGGCGGCGGCGAUUUCUAGGCGCAGAAUAUUUCCAGACGAUGCUAUGAUUGUGUUUGCUCUUGCCAACACCAUCGCAUUGGAAGGAGUUGUCAUUUGGGCCAUCUUCAAUGGGCUAGGCAAGCACACGGGCGAGCUCAAUCCCUACGAGUUCGGAGUCCAGUUCAAGCUUAUCCUCGCGAGUGGAGUAACAUGGCUUCUCGGUACAGUCUUCAUCAAGUUUUCGGUCCUCUGGCUGUAUACAAGAGUCUUCAGCACGAAAGAGUUCAAGCGACAGGCGCAUAUCAUGAUGGGAGUUGUUAGCUGUUACGGCAUCGCUUUUUUCGUCCUCUUCAUGACUCAGUGUAAACCGAUCGAUCAGCAAUGGAACCCACAUCCGGGAGGAUCGUGUCGCGAUCUCGUUAUUCAAGAGCUGACCUCGGUGUCGCUAAACAUGGUUAUCGACAUUAUAAUCGUUUUUCUACCUCUGCCGGUCCUCUGGAAACUACAACUGGCGACGCGAUCGAAAUUGGUGGUCUCCGUCAUGUUUAGCAUUGGUCUCAUCACUAUUGGUGUUAUGGCGUGGCGACUACAAUUCACCAUUGCGACUCUCCACGACACCGACUUUGUCUUCAACCUCUACGACAUUGGAUUGAUCAGUCUUCUCGAAUUAUGGCUCGGAGUAAUUGCUGCCUGUAUUCCCACCCUUGGACCACUUCUCAAAAGCUAUGUCAAGCCGGUCCUCACCAAAUUAACGAGCCCAUCCGAUCGAGUUACUCGCAGCCAGAGUGGAAACGCAUCCAAAGUUGACAGUAAGACUGGCCUUCACAGCAAAAAGCAUUACAGCCAGAUUGAAGAUGGUUUCGAUAACGGGUUUAACCAGAUGAACGGAAUGGAGCUCGCGUCCGUAACUACGAAAAUCGAAUCUGGGACGGCAGUCAAAGCUAUGACAGACACGCGGGGCGUGAUUUAUGUCCAGCAUGAAAUCGAAGCAAAAUAA